CGGUGGAAUUGAGCUUCUCUCGUCGGCCAGGCCGAACGCAUGCGGCCCCGCUGCACCCGCCCAGGAGCGAGGGGUCAUCUCCCCCGGCCUCACUUCUCUCCCCUUCGCUGCUUCGCUAGGGUUUGAGGCCUCCUACGCGCGCUCGGGUUGUCCUCGCUGCGCUCGUCGCGCCGUCCUCCGCCGGUCGCCGUCCUCUGCCGGUCGCCAUCCUCCGCCCCGCCCUCCUCCGGCCAUCGUCCUCCUCCGCCCUGACCUCCUCCGCCGCCCCCUUCUCCUGCAGUCGCCCUCCUCCGCCCGUCGACCUCCGUCUGUCCCGCUGGUCGCCCUCCGUCUGUUGAAAUCCUCUGCAGCCAAGUACUGGUGCCGAACAUAGCCUGAGAGGAGAACAUAUCAACAAACAUGGCGAAGAAAAGUGGAUCCUCCACCCUGAAUGCCAGCGAUACUCCGUGGAAGGGGCGGCUACGCUCUCACCACUCGACGCUUUGCAGCUUGACCGCUCUGCAGUCCUCUUCCCCAGCCAAGAACCCAAAGGGCGACCAGGAGGCCCAAUCAUUGAAGAAGCGAGCCAUCUCGCUGAACAGCAAGAAUACAGGUAAACGUGGCAUCUGGAGUGAGGAGACUGCAGAGAAGCGCCCGCCUGCUGCUCCUCCCCGCCGGUCCCCACGUCUCAUUUCCAAUCCCCCUCAUUUGGUCGAUGGGGUGUGCAAGGAAUCUAUGGUCAGGGGAAAUCAGUCAGCAAUUCCUUUUCGGAGAUCCCUACGGCUUCAUCAAAAUCAAACCAAUCAAAAUGCUUUCAGUGUACACCAGACUUGUGAAAAAUCAUCAAGGAGCCUGAGAAAUGCUGUGGUAAAGCAUUCUACGACGAUGGUAAACCACAUGGAUUCACAAAAAGUAUGUUUUCAAGAUUGCCAGCAUAUUUCUCCCAGGACAAGUGUACCAUAUCCAUCAUGCAAAAAAACUGAGAAGGAAGCGUCAUAUUCCAGUUGCUGCAAGAAGCUGGCAAGAAAGAGGAAGAGGGGAACUGAAGGAGGAAUGUCCUCAUAUAAGAGUCAGAGUCGUCACGAUCACAAACCAUCGCCCCUGGAAUUCCAAGAAAUUGCACCAACCAAUAAGCCUAUAAACACAAGACACAAAAAGAGUGAAAGUAGCUCUUCUUCAAUGGUACAGCCUAAAUUUUGUGAUAGAUUGGUGGAUGCUGAGAGCAAUAAUAAAGAGCUAGAUGGUAGUGAAAGAGGAGAAACACAAUGUGGUCAUAACUGGUCAGAAGAGCAGGACAUGGUAUUGCGCAAAGCUUACUUCACUGCUCGACCAUCCCCAAAUUUCUGGAAGAAAGUUUCAAAAAUGGUUCCUGGAAAAUCUGCUGAAGAGUGCUUGAACAGAAUUCAUGCUGAUCUUUCAACACCGACUCCAAUUGCUCCUCGUCCUACAAAAAGUAAUAUAAACUUUUCUCCUGUUGCACACUUCACACUGUCUGAUCCAAAACAUCGAAAUGUCCUGGAACCUUCCUUCAAAAGACGGACUGCCAAGCAGAAGAGCCUAGCAGCACAGAAGACAGUGAGACAUUUACUGAAGAAGCAGUGCAUCACUGACAAAACAGAAGAGGCUGAUCACUUCUCAGUUUUUGAGACAUCACCAACUGUUCUACCGUUGGACUUUUCCUUUGAGGGUUCUCCUGGGACUCCUGGUAGUGCAGGCAAAAAAUUGAUAGCGAAUUUGGAAACUAUAAAAAGUGUUGGCACAAACUCUUCCGAACCGAGCCCAGCAGUUCUGAAGCCUGUGAAAAAUGUCAUCUUACAUGAGAAAUAUGUUGACCGAUUGUCCCGCAGAGAAGGCCAAAAAAGGGCUGGCAAAAAAGCUGCAGGGUCCAAAGCUCUAGAUUCUGUGAAGACUCAACAAACAGGUGGUCUGAAGGCUGCAAGGAAUGCUCUCAUCUCAGAAGCAACAGACUUUAUAAGCCAUUUCAAGAAGAUGCAAUCAAAUCCCCUUGCGCAUGUCGUAGAGGACAAUGAAGAUGAUGAGAUUGAUGACAUUGAGUCUUACUAGCAAGACAUCGACUGAUGCCAAGCUGCCCUGUAUGUAAGUUUAAAAAUUGCAGCCGGUUAGCAUAUUGUCUUCUGCAAUGAUCGGCACAUGUUUUGCCGCAGCUAUUUUGGGUUUGCUUUGGUUCUAUGCCAUGUCUAUACCUACCAAUUCUCUCUCUCUCUCUCUCUCUCUCUCUCUCUCUCUCUCUUUUGGCAGUGACAACUGGGCGCCAUUCAGCCUAAACACGGAUCAAGCUAACCUGGCUGAACCCGUAAAUCAAACGGUUUGGAAUCA